AUGACCGGGCACAAGGAGACUUCUUUCGCCACCGACCUCGCUGUCAAGACCGACUCGGCUCUCACUGCCGAGCAGGCUCCCAACACCGAGCACGGUGUUGAGGUUGACAACAAGGCUGUCGCCGCUGACUCGGCUGUCAACAGCGAGCACACCGCUGCUGUCGUUGACACCGAGGCUGUCGCUACCGACUCGGCUGCGACCACCGAGGCGGUUGUCACCGACGGUGAGGCUACUGCCGUCGGCGACGCGACUGUCGCCACCGAGGCCACUGGCACCACCAGGGUCAUCAAGACCCGCCCCACCCUCCAGGAGCUCCUCGACGCCGGCGCCCCUGCCUACAUUGCCACCUUCAGCAUCGACAACCCUGACGCUGCGUACGCUGCGGACUUCAAGAUGUACACCAAGAGUGCUGCCUUUGCCGUCGUGUUCAUCGAGGACAACGUCACCACCAACCCCUCGGAGGACCCCAGCGACCGCUACAACGACAUCGUCACCCGCCUCUUCUCCUCUGCCGAGGAUCACUGGCCCGAGUUCAUUCCGGUUGACGAGGCUACUACCAAGAUCAUGAACGUCCACACUCACAACCGCCCCGCCGUCGCCGACGGGGCGGUCUACGUGCCUGUCCUCGCGGCGUUUGCGAACCACAAGAACCCCGAGACCACCGGCGUCAACAUCGACAAGUGGGAGCUCCUCCUUGUCAAGUACCUCGUCAUCCUCACCAAGGUUUACAAGGGUCGCGGCAUCGCUGCGGCGCACGCCGACGGCGCCCUCGACGACUACCUCCCCGCCCUCGAGGCUAUGGUCGCCGGCCAGCCCCACCCCGACAUCAAGACCAUCAAGCACAUCCUUGCCGACUACUUCAAGGAGCCCCUCAUUGCCGUGCGCCGUGCCAUCAUCCAGGAGUGCUUCAGCCCUGCUAUGCGCCACUGGGCUCUCGACCACAUCGUCCUCCCCCCCGACUCCCCCGCCCCUUCUGCGGAGUCGUCGGCUUCCACCGCCACCGCCGGCCAGGGUGACAACCAGGAGGCCAAGGGCAAUGGCGAGGCCGAGGCCAUUAUCAAGGACAACGCUGAGGAGGCCACCAAGGCUCACGCUGAGGCGGCGACCAAGGAGAAGGCCGAAGCCACCACCAAGGUCAACGCCGACGCCGAGGUCGUUACCGAGGCCGGCCAGGCCAAGGCGGCGACCAAGUGGAAGGGCAAGGGCAAGGCCAAGGACCAGGGUGAGCAGAUGACCGAGCAGCAGGCUGAGCCCGCUGCCGGCCAGGCUGAGCACUAG